ACUGAGCUUUAGUCAGCACUAAGUCCUUGAAAUUUGAUCUUAUUACUUUCUUUUUCAGGAAAACAAAAUGACCCUUUCCGGGAAAUUGGAAGCUGAUAUAGAGGUGAAUGUUCCUGCAGACUAUUUUCAUGAUGUCUAUAGUUGCAGACCACACCAUGUAUCUACUACCAGCACUGAAAUGAUUCAAGGUGUUGAUCUCCAUGACGGUGAAUGGGGAAAAGUGGGCACUGUUAUCUGCUGGAAUUAUACUCUUGAUGGAUCUCCCAAGAUAGCCAAGGAGAUAAUUGAAAUUAUAGAUGAUGUGAACUUAUCAACCACCUGUAAAGUGAUAGGAGGAGAUCUUCUCAACGAUUACAACAGCUUUAAAUUCAUUGUUCAAGCUACACCAAAGGGGAACGGAAGCUUGGUGCACUGGACUUUGGAAUAUGAGAAGAUCCAUGAUAAUACUCCAGAUCCCAAUACAUUGAUGGACCUUCUUGUUAAUUGCAGCAAGGAUAUUGCUUCUCACUAUGCGCAAUCCCAUGAGAACUGAUGGAUCUUCAGCUAUAUAUGCUCUGGUCUAUGUGAUGUUUAUAAUAAAUAAGGCUUAUGUAAUGAAGCACCAGUUCAGUUUGUUCAUCUUUAAAGCUACGUGGGUUUGUUAAUGAUAAUAUGUAUGUAGCUUCGAUCAGUAUCAGAUAAUGUAUUACCGAUGAAUUUAUGAAAUAAUGGGAUGUGAUGAUUACUAUUUAUGUAUCACCAUCUUCGAUUCUUG